CGCACCCCCACCCCCCCGCCGCAAGGGGAGGGAGGAAAAAAGAAACUGUCACCGUGGGAUUUCAUCAGCUCCUUCUGCCUCCCUGCAUUUACCUAUUUUUCUUUCCUUCGAUUAUGUAAGAGGAGCGGUGUAGAGAGGAGCGAUGAGUAGGGGUGGCCGAUGGGCUUCCUGGGGAAUUACCGGGUUUUUUGUCCCCAGCUGGUCCGCCGAGUUAGCGCUGGGAAAGGAGAGAAAACUGUGGUUUUUGGGUUUUACGUGUCUUUACGUUGCUUGUAUUGCUCCAAAUGGUGCAGCACAAUGCAGGCGAGGGAGGCAGGGAGCGGAAACAGAGUGAGAUUACACCAAGUGUUUUAUUUCCGUCUGAGAGAAAAAUCAAGAGAAAAUUAGAAUAUGAAACAGGAGCCAAAAUGACAUCCCGAUUUGGAAAGACCUACAGCCGGAAAGGGGGAAAUGGCAGUUCCAAGUUUGAUGAAGUGUUUUCCAACAAACGGACCACCCUUAGUACAAAAUGGGGAGAAACCACCUUCAUGGCCAAAUUAGGACAGAAGAGGCCCGGUGUCAAACCAGAUAUUUCUGAAGUUCCUAAGAAACCCAAAGUUGAAGAUGAGGUAACAGAGGAUCCAUUUGGAUUUGACAGUGAUGAAGAAUCUCUUCCUGUGUCUUCAAAGAAUGUGUCACAGGCUAAAAGUUCCUCUCAGCUGGAACCUGGUGAAGCUGCUCAGUCUGAGGACUUCACUCCUCUACUUGAAGCAAACAGCAGAAUUAAUCAGCCAGACGGUGGAGAAAACGUUGCCUCCAGCAAGUGCAUACCUCUUGACAAUACUGUUCCUCUCUUGAAAGAAAAGAGCACAAGCAAAAGUGUGGAAGAUGGAGAAUGCAAGGGCAGCAGUGCUAAAGUUGUAACUGCAGAUAAAAUCCAGAACUUGAAAGAAGAUAAUGGGAACAGUCAUUUCAUCUAUGACAAUGCUGGAGACAGUAAUAAAACCAAUGCUGAAACCACAGACACUUCUGGAUGCAACACUGAAGCCAAGGACUUGCCUGAUUCUUGGGACUCCCAUGUGGGAAAAACAGCAGAUUCUCUAUCAGAAACAUCUCAGACCAAGGGGCCACUAAGAACUCACUUGUAUGAAUGGGAGGAUGAAACUGAAGACACCAGAACUGGAGAGUAUAUAUUAGCUUUUGACAAUGAACAUCUCUCAGAGGUGAAGAGCAAGGAUGAGGAGUGUGAUAAAGAAGAUAGUGAAAAUCCAAAGGAAGCCAUUAGUGAAGAACUUGUGCAAACUAUUCCUAGGCCAAGCAACUGUAGGACAUAUUGUCGAUCCAACAAAGCAAAACUGCAGGGGGCAACGAAUUUUGACAAGCUGAUGGAUGGCACUAGUCAGUCUUUAUCCAAAGCAAACAAUGAGUCAAAUAAUGACAGUCUGAAUGCAGGAAAAAAAGUUUCUUUAAGUAGUGGGACCAGUUUUAGAGGGACGGUGGGACGGACUAGAGACUACACUGUUCUGCACCCAUCUUGCUUGUCAGUUUGCAAUGUCACCAUCCAGGACACCAUGGAGCGCAUGGAUGAAUUCACCUCGGCAGCCCCCACCGACCUGGGCGAAGCUGGGCGCUUAAGGAAAAAGGCAGACAUGGCCACCACAAAAACUACAACCAGGUUCCGACCAAGCAAUACCAAAUCCAAGAAGGAUGUCAAAUUAGAGUUUUUUGGGUUUGAUGAUCAAGACGAGGGAGGGGGAGAUGAAGGCGCCUCUAGAAGUUCUGGGAGUUCCAAUUACAAAAUCAAGUACUUUGGGUUUGAUGACUUAAGUGAAAGCGAGGACGAAGAUGAAGAGUGGCAGGUAGCAGAAAGGAAGGCAAACAAAAAGCGAAGUAGAACUGUACCAUCUGCUUCACUACAGUCAACCUCUGAUGGCAAUGAAAACUGUUCCCAGGAUAGCCAGCUCAGCACUAAUGCAGAUCUGGAGUUUUCAGAGGAUGCAUCUGGUGUCCUUGAAGGCAAUAAGAAAUCUACAAAUAAACAAGGUGAUAAAUCCAAGGAAAACACCAGGAAGAUUUUUAGUGGGCCAAAGCGGUCUCCCACAAAAGCAGUGUAUAAUGCUAGACACUGGAACCAGCCAGAAUCAGAGGCUCUGCCAGCACCACCAGCUUUGAAAACUCCCAGUGUCCCAGUAAGGCUAUCUUCAAAGGAGGCAAUUCAUAAAGAUGAUGGAGUUUUUAAGGCUCCUGCACCACCUCCCAAAGUGAUAAAAACUGUGACAAUACCUACUCAGCCCUAUCAAGAGAUAGUAACUGCAUUGAAAUGUAGGAAAGAAGACAAAGAAUUAUACACUGUUGUUCAGCAUGUAAAGCACUUCAAUGAUGUAGUGGAAUUUGGUGAAAAUCAAGAGUUCACAGAUGAUAUUGAGUACUUGCUAAGUGGAUUGAAGAGCAAUCAGCCCCUAAACACACGUUGCCUUAGUGUAAUCAGCUUGGCGACCAAGUGUGCCAUGCCCAGCUUCCGGAUGCACCUGCGAGCACACGGGAUGGUAGCCAUGGUUUUCAAAACACUGGAUGAUUCCCAGCACCACCAGAAUUUGUCCCUUUGUACAGCAGCUCUAAUGUACAUCCUUAGUAGAGAUCGCUUGAACAUGGAUUUGGACAGAGCUAGUCUAGAUCUGAUGAUACGGCUUCUAGAAUUGGAACAAGAUGCUUCCUCUGCCAAGCUGCUGAAUGAAAAAGACAUGAAUAAAAUAAAGGAAAAAAUCCGGAGACUAUGUGAGACUGUUCACAACAAACAUCUUGAUCUCGAAAACAUCACGACUGGGCAUUUGGCAAUGGAGACAUUACUGUCUCUCACCUCAAAGCGAGCUGGGGACUGGUUUAAAGAAGAAUUGCGACUUCUUGGUGGUCUGGAUCAUAUUGUAGAUAAAGUUAAAGAAUGUGUGGAUCACCUAAGCAGUGAUGAAAAUGAAGAGAAGUUGGUUGCUUCGUUAUGGGGUGCAGAGAGAUGUUUACGGGUCUUGGAGAGUGUAACUGUGCAUAAUCCAGAAAAUCAGAGCUAUCUUAUAGCAUACAAAGACUCUCAGCUCAUAGUCUCCUCAGCUAAAGCACUGCAGCAUUGUGAGGAGUUAAUCCAGCGAUAUAAUCGUGCUGAAGACAGUAUCUGUUUACCAGACAAUAAGUCUGUGCCUCACCAGAAUGUAACUAACCACGUGGGUAAAGCCGUGGAAGACUGUAUGAGGGCCAUCAUUGGGGUCUUGCUCAACCUGACAAAUGAUAAUGAAUGGGGUAGUACAAAAACAGGUGAACAAGAUGGUCUGAUAGGCACAGCGAUGAAUUGUGUGCUUCAGGUUCCAAAGUUCCUACCUCAAGAACAGAGAUUUGAUAUCCGUGUGCUAGGAUUGGGUCUGUUGAUCAAUCUGGUGGAAUACAGUGCCCGGAACAGGCACUGCCUUGUCAAUAUGGAAACAUCGUGUUCUUUCGACUCCCUGUGUACAGGCGAAGGAGACGAAAGCCUGAAGAUAACUGGACAGAUUGAUGCUGUUCAGGCUUUAGUGCAGCUGUUCCUGGAGUGUGAGCGAGCAGCACAGCUGGCUGAGAGCCAGACGGACGAGCUGAUUAAAGAAGCUCCCACAGCUCAGCAUGAUAAGAGUGGGGAAUGGCAGGAGACAAGUGGGGAGAUCCAGUGGGUCUCCACAGAGAAGUCAGAUAGCACUGAAGAGAAGGAUAAGAAGGAAGAAGAUGAUGAAGAACUUGAUCUUAAUAAAGCUCUUCAGCAUGCUGGGAAGCACAUGGAAGACUGCAUUGUGGCCUCAUACACAGCAUUGCUUCUAGGCUGUCUCUGCCAGGAGAGUCCAAUCAAUGUGACUACUGUGAGGGAGUACUUACCUGAAGGGGACUUCUCGAUAAUGACUGAAAUGCUCAAAAAAUUUCUCAGUUUUAUGAACCUUACUUGUGCUGUUGGAACAACAGGCCAGAAAUCUAUCUCUAGGGUGAUUGAAUACUUGGAACACUGCUAGAUACUUAACUUCCGCUGCAGGCACUCUAAUGCUGGAGCUACCCUUAGACAAAAGAAAUCGCCAUGAAAGAAGUCCUUGAAGGAUAUACCAAGAGCAUUCAUCUGUGUCAUUCGUGUUCGGAUUUUUAAGGCUACCUGGUCUCUUAACCAUGCAUUCAGCAUUUUCUGAAAGACAGUUACUACAUCAAUCUGCAACUAUCAAAAAUGAGGGGAAAAAGGUUCUGAGGAAAGUAAAUAAAGAAACCUUGCUGUUUGUGAUGCAGUGCAGUAUUUAAAUAUUUUUGGCAGGGUUUACCCUCCCUAUCUUUUUUCUUGCUUUGUUCGUGACAAGUUUCAAGAGAAAAAACUUGCUGCUGAUAGUGCAACUGCUGUUUACUGUUGAGCCACUGUUUCAUGCCAGCCAGGUGCAAAGGCAGCUUAGCUACUGAGGUAUCAAACAAAUGUUCUAAUAAAGAAGUUCUGGACAGCAGCGCCGCUCCUAUUUGAGUUUAAUUUGCUCCUGCUUUUUUUAUUACUAGAUUAUUCCAAAAUCAUAAAUUAUAAAUUUUUAAAUACUUUUGUGAUUUUAACUACUGUCUAUAUUUAAAAUUUGUUGGAAUCCAAAGAGGCGAGGAUUGGAUAGUUUAUUUUUUAUACUGUUUUGAUUGAAAUUUGGUCAUUGAACUAUGUCUCAGUUCUAAAACUCCCAUGGCCCACAAACUGUAACCUGCUAGACCAUAACGCUUUGUAGUUCCAAGAGCAUGCAGACCCAUAAACACACAAAGCCAUUGAGGGUAUGUUAUCCACUAAAGGAAUAGUGACUGUAAAAAGUUGUGCCCUGUUUAAAAUGCAAGUCAAAUAAAGAAAAAUAAAAAACCCAAACCAUUUCAAAAACACUCACUCGCAGGGUAGUUUACACUUCCAAUAAGCAAAAACUUUGAAAUGCUGUUUUAAUUUGUUUCAAGGAAGAACUCAAGGUGUGUUUUAUAAUGUUGAAUACAAUUAAUUUGGAUGCUUUAGGGGGAAUAAUUUUAAAAAAGCUAAAACACCAAUGGGGAUUCAUGUUUCCAGCUGACAUAAUCUUUCUAUUUCAUCCUUCUGUAGUAUGACAGAGUUGAAAUGCAUACAACACAAAGCCUUAAAUUGCUGAUAUAGUUAAGAUUUUGUUCAGUCUGAGGUCUAGUUCACAGCAAAGCAUUGUGUUUGAGGACUUAAGUGGAACAAAGAAUCCCAGAAAAUACAUGACUUUUUAAACAAUUUUUUUCUUGCACUCACUAUUCAGACCAACAGAAUUGAUUAUUAAGUAUUUUUAUUAAGGUGGUCUUGAAUAUUUGCAGACUGUUCUGCGAUCUGCUUCGUUGACAUUUUUAAAUACCUGUAUAGGUAGUUACAUCAUGUUACUCCAUUGAAUUUGUAAAACUUGAAGCCAUAAAAAUAUUAGUUCUAUGUAUAAUGAGGGGGAAAUAACAGGAAAUCUAACCUGCUUUUAGAUCUUGUGUUAUCUCCGUGUAUAAAGUUAAGAACUUGUGCUUUUGUAUCAGUGCCAGCUGUAAAUUUUUUACAUACAGUGGCUGCCUUCUAUGUCUUCCUAUUUUUGAUAAUGCAGAUUGUUGGGAAUUCUGUAAGGAAGUAACUGAUUAACGGCAAAAAUCUUAUGUUGGUCAUAUUUUUUUUUGCAUUUUCUCUCAUCACCUUCUAAAACUUAGUGUAUCAGUGUAACUUAGAAAAGUUUUUGAGGUUGUAUUCCCCUUCUUCAAAAAAAACCAAACCAAUAUUGAGAGAGAGGGAAAAGGUGUAUGUAAAUGAUCUGCAUGAGGAAAAAAUUAUUAAAUCUUUGGCCUAUCUAGUUUUCGAAUUUUAGAGAUUUUCACAUGUAUAAUGAGAUUUCACAUUGAUUAUGUAGUUUCAUGUGGAGAGAUGGCAAGAGAAAAGAAUAUGCAAAUGUGGUGAUAGGGGAAAGCAGGGACAACUACCUUUCUUUGUUACACUGGUAAUUGUUUGGGAAUUGAUUUACCUCAGUGUUUAACAGUUUUUUUUUUUUAAUGUAACUAAUUGUCAAGCACUGACAAAUGCAGAUUUUUUUUUUUUUUUGAGGGUGGGGGGAGAAAUCACCCUGUGAACUGCAGUGCAUUUUUGUGUGUUAGACCCUCAAAUAACUCUGCAUUAAAGGGUACUUGAGGUCAACUUGCAAAUUAAAGUUUUAAAGUAACAUUUUUUUCCAUUGUAAAUAUUUGUGUAAAUACUCUCAAUUGGAAAUUAGAACAGUAGAGUACUUUUCUGAAUCCAAUCCUAUUUUUAUUUUAUACAGUAUUUCUCAGCUGUGAUCUUUGGAGCAAAAGCCAACGGCAGGAAAAAUAGUUUGUACCAGUUUCAUGAAGUAUGUCUUUGGGUUUUUGUAAAUAAUUUUAACUCAAAUAAAAUUGCUACUUUCAAUACA